AAAUCAUUGUGUGGAGAAUAAUUCAAACAAAACAUCGGCCUUUGAAAACCAUAGAGAGAGACCCAAUUUUGUUGGGAUCAAAUACAAAACUGGAGCAUUUGACCAUCUAGUUUCCUGCUCUUUUUUUUUCUACUUUCUUUUCUUCAUAUUUACUUUUCUGAUUUAUUUAUUUACUUUUUGUUUUGAGAAAACACCCUAAAGUUCUCGCUUUGAACAUGUUUGAUCCUUUGAUAACAAAGGUGUCUCAUUCUUUUAUGCCUUUCUUCCUCUUUCCUGUGUGUUCUCAAGUAUCUAACUUAUCGGAUCAAUUCAGUUUUGAGAUAUAAAGGAUUCUUGUUACCUAGAUGGAUGGAUAUACUGGUAAAAGAGCUGUUGAUGAGCUUGUUAUACGCAGCAAGGGAUCAGGUCUCAUCUUGAAGGAUCAUGGUAAUAACAGAGAACGAAAUGCUCAAUUUUGCAACCGUAUUGGAUGCAGUGGCAGGCUGAACUCCACGAAAGGCAUUCCAAAUGGCUGCUCAGAAAAAGCCAAAUCUUCGAAGCCUUCUUACCGUCCUUCAUCAAGUGGCAAGGAAAUUAUUGGAAGUUCGUCUAGGGUAUACACUGCAGUUAGCAACAAUAGAAAAUCCUCUAAAAAUCUUCAGAAAAAGCCAUCAUUUCAAUUGGAAACAGAUUCAUGUGAAACUAUUAGUGUCCAUGAUGAACCAGAAGUGUCAGAGCUCGUAUCCCCACCAGGAAAGAUUCAAAGAGGGCUGCAGCCUGAAUCUGAAGAUGCUGAUUCUAGGGAAGUUACAGUGAUGGAAGUGGGAAGCUCUAGUGUAGCAUCAAACACAAGACAAAGGCGGAACUUUAUUCAGAGAUCUGGGUCGGGCAACCAGGAUACUCGGGCCAGUCCAUCUGUUACUUUGGCUUCUCGAAGUGCUUCCCAGGCAACUUAUGCUAACACAAGCAGGUAUGGUUUGAGAAAUCUAAGAUGUAACUCUAUUUCUGAUGUUGACCCUUCUGGUUGUUCGUCAUCGGAUUCAAGCCUCAGUAGAAGGAAAGACACUGUAAAAAAGAGAAACUCUGAUGGAGAUGGUAGUUCCUCCUCCAGGGGAAAGAAGUUGAGUGGGUUAUCUUUGGAGGGACGGAACAACAGUUCUAACCAUGGUGUUUCUAUUUCUGAUUCAAGGCAAACCAGAAAUUGGCCUCCUAACAGGGAUAGUGGUGUUGCUUCUUCAGUUAGGACUCGGAGAUCAAACAGUAGUUAUGGUAGAGGGAGACUCUCUAACCAAGCAAAUGGAAAUAGUUUAACUUUGAAUGAGUGCCCCGAAGUUAUUCCUCAAGUGCCUCAAUCUGAUAUUCCUAUUGAUUUGAAUGGUCCUGUUUCCACAGAAACUGCCUCAAUGCUUUCCAGUUCUUACGGUAGACCAGGUAGUAUAAGUGAGAGUUUACUCAGUAUUAUGCCUUCUAGUCCUUCAGAAGUUGGCAUUAACCGCUCUGCAGUGAACCGGGGUAGCUUCCGACGCUACAAUAUGGAUGGCAUUGCUGAGGUAUUAUUAGCACUUGAGAGGAUUGAACAAGAUGAAGAGUUGACAUAUGAGCAAUUACUUGUUCUAGAGACCAGCUUGUUCCUUAAUGGCCUAAACUUUUAUGAUCAGCAUAGAGACAUGAGACUGGAUAUAGAUGAUAUGUCAUAUGAGGAAUUACUAGCUCUAGAAGAGAGGAUGGGUACUGUGAGCACUGCUCUAUCGGAAGAAGCAAUGUCCAAAUGCCUUAAGAAAAGCAUCUAUGAGGCAACAUCUUCUGAGGAUGCAAAUGUCAGCUGUGAUGGUGAAAAGGAUGAUGUCAAAUGCAGUAUAUGCCAGGAAGAGUAUGUCACUGGAGAUGAAUUAGGGAGGUUGCAGUGUGAGCAUAGGUAUCAUGUGGCAUGCGCACAGCAGUGGCUGCGGGUGAAGAAUUGGUGCCCUAUUUGCAAAGCAUCAGCAGAACCCACGGUUCGUGCAUCUGAGGAGGUAUGGGAUUGCAUCAAAUUGGAAUAAGACAUGCAUGAAUUUCAGAAUACUCUCUCAUUUAACCAGAGCUCCAAAAGUAGAAACCUUUGUCUAUAUUUUGUAAUGAGAAGGUUGUGUCGUUUUUUUCUUUUGGUUCCUUUGAUCAAAGGUUGUAUGUUUUAUUCGGGAAUUGAAAACAAUAUA